AAAAUAUGGAGCAAAAAUUGCAAUUGUUAUCCUCCAGCAUUCAAGUUGACCCUAACAAUCCUUAGAUUCCUUAAAAUUUAAAGCAUUUGAAAGUAUUCAAAUAUAGUCUAAUGUCUAGCUUGAAAUUUUUAAUGAAUUGGCUGCAAAUAGAUAGGCCACAGAGAAACAUGCUUGUAAAUUAUUUGUAUAUAUCUUAGUACAUUUCUGUGAGUUGGAGGUCACCUAUUUAUUAAUUUCAAAACAAAUUGAGAAUUUUGAAUUAGCAAUAGAAAGAUUGAUGAAAUUUUAUAAUUAAGGCUUAGAAAGCAGAGAUAAAGCUCACUAUACUGGCAUAUACUUAAUUUACCUGUUGUCCUUUAAUAAGUAUUAAUAUUUUGUAAAUAAUUCAAUAGAUUUGCCUAAUAUUAUUCCCAAAUUGAAUUAUUACCAAAGGAUACAUUUUCAAACCCAUUUGUUCAUUUUGUACUUUAAUUGGAAUACAAGUUGAGCAUAGGAAGUUAUUCUGAUCUUUUAGGUGAUUAUCAUCCAACAGGAAUUGAAACUGUAUUCUUAGAAAGAAUUAUGGACACUAUUAGGUAAUUUGAAUUUGUGAAUUUAGAUUACAAACCGCCUUAAGUGCCAAUGCAUCAUACAAGAGUUUAACGAUUGAAAAUGCUAUCAAAUUAUUCAAUGUUAAAAGUGUUUAAGAAUUAUAGUAGUUUGCUUAGAAAUAACAUUUCAAAUGGAAAUUUGACAAUCAUCAUGUUUAUUUUGACAAUGUAAGGAAUCCAAAAUUAAUUAAAAUUAGGUUCAAAAUGUGGAGAAUCCCUUGAAUUCAGAAUUUUUGAUCUAAAAUUCCUUAAGAUAUGUUCAUGAGUUUGAUAAAAUUAUAUGAAAAAGUAGUAGUUAACGAU